AUGGCUAUCGAAGUCCACCCCUUGCCUCUCCCUGCCUCUGCGGAUCCUACGAAGUUCAAGGACUUCGGUCGGGAGGUCAAGGGCGUCAACCCGGGCGAGCUUACAGGUCAAGAGUUCGAGGCUAUUAGUGAUCUCUUAUACAAGCACGGCGCACUCUUGUUCCGCGAUGUCACCCUGACGCCGGCACAACAGUAUCGUUUAACAAAGCUGUUCGACCCCAAGUCCGAGAGCUACGGUCACGGUAAUAACAAGACCGGGAGCGAGAAGAAGUCCAUCCUCCAUCCCGACCUCAAGACCAUUCCCCACCAGCCCCAGGUCCAGCUCAUCGGCAACGGUACCGUGUACAACCACGAGGGCCUCGCGGAAGCGGUGUUGAAGCAUCCAUCUCAUAAAAUCUGCCAUAAAACCCGCGUCUCUGAGACUGACGAGGCAAGAGGUAUUACCAGAUUCUACCGCUGGCACAUCGAUGCUGCACUGUACGACCUUUCUCCACCCAAGGUCACGACGCUCUACGCUAUCAGAGUGCCUGACGGGCCCAGGCAGAAGGUUCGGUACGAUGACGGUACCGGAGACGAGCUGGAGGUCCCGCUCGGCACCACCGCGUUCGCGUCGGGCAAGACGAUGUUUGAAAUGCUGCCGGACGAGCUGAAGAGCGUGGCCGUGCGGACGAGAGUCAAGUAUGCGCCACACCCGUACGUGUGGAUGGCGCCCGCGCGGGUGAGGACAUCGGGUUUGGGACUCGAGAGCGAGGGUCGGGAGUUGCCCUGGGACGAGCUCCCACCUUGGGAGGAUUCCAAGAUCAAGAUACUGCCCAUGACCUGGAAGAAUCCUGUCACUGGCCACCUCCAUUUCCAGGUCCACCCGAGCGCUUUCUGCGAGCUCCUCAUCGACCCUCUGCCAGAGGGCGCAAAGCGGGAAGGCGCGCUCUUCCCUGACGGCGCGCAUCUGAAAGAUCUCAAGGAGGUCCGGGAGCUGCUGUACAAGAUGCAGAGGCCUGCCAUCGCGCCUGCGUUGGUUUACCCUCAUGAUUGGCGUGAGCGCGAUUUGGUAUUGUUUCACAACCGGGGCGUCCUUCACUCCGUCGUGGGCACCUUCAGCAAGGAUCAAGUCCGCGCGUUCCACCAGUGCAACCUCGCCGCUUCGGACGAUCCGGCUGGCCCCUCUCCGGAGGAUGUCAGGAAGUACGCGUGA